UGUUAGUUUUACUAUAGUUAGAAAUUCCGUAAAAUGAAGAUAAGCUGGCAAACCUUUCCCAAAUUGAUCAUUGUGCUGCCCCUUCUGCACUUUAUUCUGGGCCAACGCCUUCAGGCCGAGUCUAAGGAACUGAAGCGUCGCAAGGAGUCGGAGCAACCUAAUGCGGAGAAUGUAAACAUCGCGUGGCUGAUGAGGCAGCAGGAGAAGUUGCGAAAAUCCCAAGGAGACACCCUGUACGGAAGGAAGUAAGCGCACACAAAUUACCCCAAGCCCAAAACUUAUCGAGCUGAAACGGAAGCAGAAAGUCAAGGUGCAAACCAAAAAUCAUUACACCUGUUCACGAACACAACAAGCCGCGGCGGCCGGAGAUGUGAGUGUAGAAAGCGUAGAAAUCGAGUGGACGAACGGCGGGGAAUAAAAAAUU